AUGAAUACUUACAACCCUUAUAAAUUCGUAAUAGUUGAUAAUAAAGCUAAAGGACCAGCAAUUAAAGAAAAAUCAUCAAAACCAUCAAAACCUGCAUCCGUUACAAUGACUUCAGUUUCUUCUGAUGGGAAAAAAACUACAGAAGACAGGAAAAAUGAAGAAAUUAUCCAAAAAAAUGUUGAAACUAUAAAAAAGGAAGAUCAAGAACCUGAAACUAAACCACGAGAAAAGACCCCUACUACGAACGUUGCAAGUGUUGUUACUGCACCAACAAACUCUGAUAGUAUGGCAAUUUCCAACAAUGUACCUCUCGGUGGACUUGUCAAAAGAAUGUUUAGUUCCAAAAAAUCUUCACAACCACAAUCUCCUGUGGCGAAAACUCCAACCACGAUCUCAGCGGAAGAAAACGCAACCCCUGAAGAUAAAACCAAUGAUAAAACAAAUGAAGUAUCAAUUAAUACGACACCAAUUCAAGAAGACAAUGAUAAAAAAAUUGAAGAAACAGAGAUUAUUGAGAAAGAAGAAAUUCCAGAGCCAGCAGAACGUGAUAUCAAACAAAAAUCAAACGAAGAAAUUGAGGAAGAAGUUACAAAUUCGGAUAAAAAACCCAAAACAGUCGUUAAAGGAGGCAAUGUACGAGACUUUUUCACACGUUGUAUUGAAAAACUUCAACAAGAAUUUGAUGAACUUGACCGACGAAUGUAUUCAGGAGUUCCUCCACCUGAAGUAACUGCACGUGACAUUCCGACAAACGAACUUCAGAAUGUUGACCCUCAAAAAAGUGAACUUCAGAGAAAUGAACAUCAUAAACUUGAACGAGAACAAUUAUUAGAACGAGCAGAUACAGAAUCAGAUGUACAACCUAAUGUAAAAGUUAAUGGAGAUGCACGAAGUGCUUUGGCCGAUGCUGGUGAGGCACUUAAUGAACGUGGAGAAAAACUCGGAGAAUUAAAUGAAAGAAUUGGCGCUUUAGGAGGUGCAAGCGCCGAAUUUGCUAGAUUGGCUGCCGAUAUUAGAAAAAAGGAAGCAAACAAAAAAUGGUACCAACAAAUUUUUUAA